AUGAUAGUAGAUAUCCUCCACGACAUCCGCAUCUGGACCUUAUUUGCCAUCCUCAGCGGCGUCUACGUCUACAUCCAAAAUCACCGGCGCCGCCCACCCUUCCCUGUGAUAAACACGCACGCAAACGAUUUCCUCGGCCGAAAAGCCAACCAAGACUACGCCACCAAUGCCUCCGCCCUAAUAACCAACGCCCUCACCGCCCACCCCACCCUCCCCUUCGCCCUCACCCUCCCCAACGCCUACAAAGUUGUCCUCCCAGCUUCCCUAUCCAAUUUCGUCAAAUCGAAUCGAGACCUAGAUCACAGGGAGCUAGUACGUCAAGACUUCUACGCAGGAUACCCCGGUUUCGAAGCUCAGGAUGUGUUGCACGCGUCUGGGGAUAUGUUGCUAGACAUCAUCAAGACGAAGCUAGGGCAGAACGAUAGUGUUAUGCCUGUUCUGAGCAUGAAUUUGGAUAGUGCAUUGCGUGUGCACUGGGGUGAAGAGAGUGAGUGGCGGAUGCUGAACUGGCAUGCUGAUACAACGGUUAUAAUUGCAUGCGCUGCUUCGUCGGUUUUUGUUGGACCGGAGAAGUGUGAGGACGAGGAGUGGUUGAAGCUUGUGCAGGAAUAUGUCAUGGUAUAUUUCUCUGCGGUGGGCGAAUUGCAUGCGUAUCCAGCAUGGUCGCGACGCAUUAUCCAGCGAUUCUUCUCACCCAAUGCAUCUGCUUGCCGGAGACAUGUCGCCCGCGCGAGGGAAAUCAUGAGAGACGUCCUCGCGGAUAGGGAACGCCGAGUUGAAGAAGCGAAGGCAGAAGGUAGAGAUAUACCCGUUUGGAACGAUGCACUUGCGUGGACGCAGGCUGCUCCAGGAGGGAAAGAAGCGGAGGCGGGCGACUUGCAGCUGUCGCUUGCUAUGGCGGCCAUGUUCACUACGAGCGAGCUGUUCAGACAGGUUCUGAUUGAUGUGGCAUCGCAUCCGGACAUCAUCGCGCCGUUGCGGGAAGAGUCGCAGCAGCAGAUUGCUAAGCACGGCAUCUCGGUCGCUGCGACAAAUGGAAUGGUGUUUAUGGACAGUGUCUUGAAAGAAAGUCAGAGAAGGAGUGCGGCCGCAGUCGCCCUGGAGCGCGUCGCUUUGAGAGACGUCAAACUCCCAACCGGACAUACACUCCAGCGAGGCACACACAUAAUGGUCGACUCCACCUCGCUCUUUUCUCCCGCGCACUACUCCGACCCCGACUCUUUCGUUGCAGAUCGCUUCCUUCGGAAGCGUGAAGCGGGCGACAAGUCUAGCCAAUUCGUGCAAUCAGGUCCUGAUUAUAGUGUUUUUGGAGGUGGAAGACAUAUUUGUCCGGGAAGAUUUUUUGCAGGGAAUGAAUUGAAGAUGGCGAUGGCACAUGUGCUGGAAAAGUAUGAUAUCAGAGUGAAGGAGGGUUAUGUCUCGAAGCCAUUGGAGAUGGGAGUCUACAAGGUUGUAGAUCCGAUGAUGAAGUUUGAGGUCAGGAGGAGGAAAAGAGAUGAAUGUGUACUAUAG